AGACGACGUACACACUGUGUUAUUGAUCUCAGAGAGAGGCUGUGAUUUUCCAUUCACACACUGACGUAUUCCAGACUUCUGUGUUACUAAUCAUCAUCAGAAAAAAAGUUUUCUUCACAUGCGUAUUUUUGUUCACCUGCCAUUCCCCCGUACUAGAUAUGAAUGAAACAUGAGAUCGUUGACCUUACACCAAGAGGUUAUGUAAACAUGAAAAUAGCGCUAGUUAUGUCAAUAAAUUCAUGUACACACAUGACCCGAAAAAGCAAAAAGUCAAUAUUCAAUGUUUCAGAAUAUUUGCUCUAUACAGAAUGUGUCCUAUCCUAUAUAGGAAUUAAUAUGAAAAAUGGACUUUUGAUCGGAUUAAUUAAGAUAAGUUGAGAUAGGAUUUACAAAGGAUUUCAUUUGGAGUUUAAAAUAGUACAAUAGAUUGUCCUGCUUUAUUGAUACAAAGCCUGAAUAAAUCUAUGUGAAUAUCAAUUCAAAUUAAGAAACGGGUGUUAAACGUUUUGUGUUUUUUUUCUUCCAUAAAACGGAAACUAGUGAAAUACUUUUUCCUUACACCAUGUCAAUUGUCCGCAGAAUAGAAAGACUCGACACAAUUGAUUUAUGGAUCAAGUGUUAAAAUAAAUAAGGAUUACAAUACAGGUGUAUUAAGUAACGGUCACAUUGCAUCGAUUGUUUAAAUGUUCAGAUUGACUUGCAAUGGAAAAAUACUGACAUAUAAAAAACUUGUGUUACCGAGUCGAAUUUAAGUCACAGUAGUACACAUAAACAAACUAUAACCAAAUUUAACUGACAUAAACAACCGGAAUCUUUCAAUAAACCGACAGUUUCUCUGAGGAGGUUUAUCUCGACCGAAACAUUCCAGUGUUUAUGCGGAUAGAGUGUUUUUGUCUGUUCUAAUAUUAUCUCAGUCAAUGUUUGCGUAUAUAAAAGUUAUUCUUGUUUGAAAUUAUAUACGGAGGAGCCAAUGGGGAAAGAAAGGAAUAAAUCUGGUUUUUCGAAGGAAUUUUCACUCGCACGCAGACCGACCUUUGUCAGAGUGAAUUUAGACACAAUUUUGGAUAAUCUAAAAAUACUGAAAAAUCACUUGGCUAAACAUACAGAAUUAAUUGCUGUUGUGAAAGCAAACGCUUACGGUCAUGGUGCUGUAGCAGUGUCGCGGUUUUUGGAGAAGCACGGGAUCUCGCACUUUGCAGUGGCCACAGCGCUAGAAGGAGAAGAAUUGCGUAAUGCUGGGAUACAUUGCAACAUUCAAGUUCUAGGAAAUGCAUCAGAAGACGAAAUACAGACAUUGUACGAAAAUAGACUGAUACCAACCGUUGCCAACGAAAAAUUUUUGUCGUCAUGGUUACGUCUCUGGCGGCAACAACAAAGAAACACACUGUGUGUCGAGGAUGGUCUACCUAUCGGUGCCGUUGUAUUAAAAGUAGACACUGGAAUGUCCAGAAAUGGUUGCCAGCCUAGUCAGUUAUGGUCUUUAGUUGAGUAUUGUGAGAACAACAAUAUUCCGAUACACAGCAUUAUGACACACUUUGCCCAGUCCUGGGACGACCAAAUAUUCACCCAAACACAAAUGAACACAUUCAUGGAAGUCACUGCUCCAUACAGAGAGAGGGGGAUAAAAGUACAUGUUGCUAACUCAGGGGCCAUUUUGAACAAGAUUGGUGUGGAUCUUGACUAUGUCAGACCAGGAAUUUCAAUGUAUGGACAAGCACCUGAUACAAGUGACUUUGGCAUCAACGCAACCAAGACAGCUGGACUGAAACCAGCGCUGAGUUGGCAUGCUAAGGCCAGUGCUGUAAAUGAUCUUGAACCUGGACGAGUUGUCGGAUAUGAUCAAACAUAUAGAUGUACCUCAAAUGAGAGAGUCGCUGUAAUACCCAUUGGAUACGCCGAUGGUUACCUUAGAAACAUGUUCAAAAAUGGUUACGUGAGUACAGAAGAUGGACCCUGGCAAUUACACUGAAAGAUGGACAGCAAUAUUAACCCUUAGCAUGCCAUGAGAAUGAAAAAGCGUCUAUAGCAAAAUUGACUUUGAAAAUCAUCCGGGUCAGGUUUUCUUGAAACGUUUGUCGGGAACUUGGCGGUUAAACGAAUUGCAAAUACAUCUUUAUUUAAAGACGUGCAAAGACCAACAUAUUGCUGUGAAUAUAUCGGGAGAUAUAUUCCAUUUGAGACCUUCAGUUC